AUGUCUCUCUUUCUCAGGGCCGCAUUCGCGACUCUCGCACUCCACGUUGCAGCAGAUCCAACUAUUGACAAUGUCAUCCCGGCUCCGUACGGUGGCCUUCGUUCUCUCGGUUACAUGAUCGACAACACGCACGCCAAUGCAGUCCUAGGCUAUCCAUCACCUGCCAAAUCCAUCACCCUAGCAGAUAUCAUCCCACAGGUUGACUCCAAGGGUCAUAGCCGCUGCUGUCCCAUCGGCACCAUCAACGAUGGCACAGGCUGUGUUUUCCAAGAGUCUUCUGUCUGUGAAAAGGGCACUGUACUCCAAGGAAAUGUCUGUGUGAGCGUCGAUGGGCCGCAUUGUCCUGAUAAUCUCAAGUUCGAUGGAAGGAUCUGUCGAAGCGAUGAACCACCCAAAUGUUCUGGUUCGUCGCUGUACAACAGGGCUACCAACCAGUGCGAAUCACCCGAUGGGCCCCAGUGUCCCGCUACGUACCAUCUUGAAAAUGGAUCUUGUGUUUCCGAGAUACCUCCUUCAUGUGAGCUCGGUUACAAAGUCGUGGAUGGUCUUUGCGUCGAUAACUUCCCACCUGAUUGUAAGGGAGAGAACCAAGUUUAUGACAAGGGCGCCUGUGUUAGCAAGAUACCUCCCGAGUGUCCGAAAGGGACUGAGGUGCGGGGCAGGACAUGCUAUGGAACUAUUCCCCCACAGUGUACAGGUGAGGCCAGACUUGAUCGCGGUCAUUGCGUCUUUACCCCUGAAUGCCCUGAGAAGUACAUUUUCAAGGGCUGGAUGUGUGUCAUGGAGGGUGAUCCUGUUUGCUCGCCUGGAUUCUUCAAAAAUGGGGCAUGUCACGCGAAUCCCACUUGCCCAGAUGGUUAUACCUACGACGAGGCUGCUGAUACCUGCAAAUACGUCACGGACCUCCAGUGCAGCUCUGGUUAUACGCUGUUCACUUCUAAGUGUGGCGCUAAGCAUUGUUGCAAGGAGGGCACUGAUAACUUUGACGGGGAAUUCUGUACUUGGGAAGUUACUGAGUCCGGAGAAUGUCCUGAUGGGUUUGAGUACAAGGAUGGGUACUGUCGGCAUCAUUCUGAGAACCCUUCUUGCCCCGACCUUUAUGAGUCCGCCAAUGGCAAAUGUACCAAGCGAACCUUGCCCCAGUGCACUAUUGGAAGCUACAGCAACGGAAAGUGCAUCGUGGGUGAUCCGACUUGUCCCACUGGAAGUCAUUUCAACGGCAUUGAAUGCGUACUAAUCGAACGAGCAUCGUGUCCAGAGGGAUCCAGACUUGUUGAAUCUCGGUGUAUCUCCCUCGAGUCGGCAAAGUGCCCUCGUGGUCAGAGACCGGACGGUAACGACUGCAUCCAUGAAGAAUCGCCAUUAUGUCCUCCCAACACUAUCCUUGAGAACGGAGUCUGCAAGCACCCUGAUAUUCCAAUUUGCAAACCUGGCACAAACUAUCACAAUGAACACUGCACAUUGCCCACGCUCCCAACCUGUCCUAAAGGCAGUAUGAUCAAGGGCGGGAAGUGCGUCGCGAUCAAACUUCCGCAGUGCCCUGGGGAGUAUAGAUACUGCCCAGCAACACACACCUGUAUCCCACCAGGGCUUCCACAGUGUACAGACCCGCUUGUAUGGGACGGGAAGCACUGCGUGAGUAGAAAGAAGGCGGAAUGCCCAGAAGGUUCCACCAGAGCUGGCAACAAGUGUAUCAGCGACAAAGAUCCCAGGUGUGACCCGGGCUUUAUUUUCGAUGUCAAGUCCCAAGGCUGCAUCUCCACUGGUGAGCCGGAAUGUGCUGGAGAUACCCAAUUUGACGGGACUACGGGCAGAUGCGCGUCUCUAGCUCCUCCAGAUUGUACUCAUGAAGGUACCGAGUACGACUCUAAGACGCAGUCUUGUAUUGCCGGGCCGCCUGGUUGUCCCGAGGGCGCUGACUUGAUCAAUGGCGAUUGUGUACUGAGGAAACGACCUGAAUGCCCCGACGGAACUGAACAGAAGGACGACAGGUGUGUCUCUAUCGAGAGACCUAAGUGUGAGGGUAACCUCACCAUGGUUGAAGGCCGAUGUGUUUCUGUAGAGCCACCUACUUGUGGUGAUGGAACUACCUGGGAUGGAUCUCGUUGUGUUAUCGGCACAAGGACUUCGUGUUUCAACUUGGAGGUUUGCCCACCCAUUGGUGCUGCUGCGCUGCCAGCUCCCUCGCCUGUGAUUAAUUACUAG